AAAAAAAAAAAGUUUGUUGCUUUGCCAAUGUGUAGAAAUGACAGCAUUCGUAGUUGUUAGUAAUCCGUUAGAGAGGAUGUGAUUUUUGACCUUUCAAUCUUGAUAUGAUACAACUGGUUGAGAAAAUGUAGGAUAUGCAUAUUUUAUAAGUGAAAUACCUGAAUGUCGGGCACUACCCUCUUCCUCUUUCCAUUAGCUUGUUAGUCGCUAAAAACACAUCAUGCUAUGGAGAAGAGCGAUUCUUGCGUUUUUUGGACUUCUAAUAGUCAGAACUUUUGCCUGUCCAGAAAAAUGUUCCUGUAAUGGGACAUUGGUAAUGUGUGAUGGAAGAGAGCUGUUCUCUGUACCACCCGACAUUCCCAACAACACGACUGUAUUGUUUUUAGGAAGAAACAACCUCAGUGAAAUAGCAGAGGGCAAACUUCAAAAUGUCACUUCUUUGGAAAAGCUGUAUCUAUACGACAAUGAAAUAAAUGAUAUGCACCAAGACGCUCUUUGCUCUCUGCGAGUACUGACAGUGCUGUCAAUGUCAUACAACGAGCUGAAGACGAUCAAGCGUCAGUAUUUCCAGAUGACAACACGGCUGAUAUCCAUAGAUUUGAGUAAGAAUGAUAUUGAGGUAAUAGAAGACAGCGCUUUCAAGGAACUGAAAAAUCUACAAAAACUUCGCUUGAACAGUAAUAAAAUCAAAGCGAUUAGUAAUACCACAUUCCAGAUGUUAACAGAACUGGAAAAACUAGAAUUACAAGAUAAUGACAUAGAAACUAUUGGAAACUUGGCUCUACGCGAUCUUCGGAAGCUGCGGUUUCUGUCAUUCAGCAGAAAUCGUCUAAAGACGCUUCCUGCCAGGCUCUUUGAUGGAUUAGAUUCACUAGAAGAAUUAUAUCUAUCAAGCAAUGAAAUUACUGAAAUCCGGUCCAGAACCUUCAACGAUCUACCAAAAGUGAAAUUCAUUGUUCUCAACAGAAACUUGGUGACCCGAGUAGAAGUGCAAGCAUUCCAGUCUCUUCCUCUUCUAGACAGAGUGUAUCUUGACGGAAACCAAAUAGGAGAACUACAAAAAAAUUGUUUCUUAAAUGGAACAAGACCUACAAAAUUAUAUUUGGGUUCCAAUCCACUGCGAUGUGAUUGUGGAAUGAAGUGGUUAAUGGAGUUUGUGAAAACACAUCAGAUCACUCUAGGAUUAGAAAAUAAAGAGGGAGACUCUGUAGCCACACUCUGUAAUGAACCUGAGACUCUCAGAGGACGAAGUGUACACAGCCUUCCACUCACCAGUUAUCAUUGCGAUUGUCGAAUACCUGGCCAAAUGUACGAAGGGACUGAGAACAAAACCUCUAAAGGCGUUGUCUGCCAGUCCUGGUCAAAACAGAUACCACAUCGACAUGACUAUGACGUCCUAGGACAUAACCAAUCAAACUACUGUAGGAACUACGACCGCGAAAUCCCCUGGUGUUUAACUAAUGAUGUGGAUGUGCUGUGGGACUAUUGUCAGGUCCCUAUUUGUGACAACGUGUGCUAUGAUUUAAAGUAUUCGAGAUCUUUUGAUAUAUGCCCAGUUAAAAAAUCUAAUUGCAGUGAAGUAAAAGACUUCGUCAGAUGCCAUCUAUCCAGCGUGGAGAAAACAAACAAUGUAUCGUGUUUUGAAUCAUUCAUGAUGGAGAGGGCUGUUGUUUCCAGUCUUGUUGAACAAAAUAUCAUAAGGAAGGAAUUAAGCUUGAAAUGCUUUCCAUCGCCGUGUGCCGAUCAGCGAUUCCUGGAGGCUGCAAAAGUAAGGACAUACAGUGGGUUGAUGCCUUACAAUCAACACAUAUUCUGCUGGUCAGUGAUGCGUCUUAUCAAUACGGAGAUAGCAAACAUCACGGUUACGAACAAAUCCACGUGCUAUGAACGCGAUAAAAUGAAAAUACUGAAAGCUAUACAAAACAAUUUUAAAAGAGGAAUGUUCGAUGAAAAAAAGUUUCUACUUUCUGAAUGUCCGUUAUCAGUGACAUAUGACGAGGUGACAGAAGAAGACGACGACAUCAUAAAGAACCUGGAAGAAUUUAUUUUAACAAACCUUCAUUUCGUCAUCGGCGGAAUGGCUGGUUUCCUGCUGAUUAUUGCGGGAGUGGUGCUACUUUUUCGCCUCCGAUUUAAAAGAAAGAAAAAAGAGAAUACCCAGAAAGUAUGUUACAACAACAGACAAUCUCACAUUUAUCACGAUAUUGGCGAUAUCGAUGACACCAAACCUUAUGAAAUGGAAAGGUGCCAAGGGGAGGAAAGUCAUUCAUACAUUUCCCUUCAACCAACUGUUGAACCUCCAGACAGGAGGCCGUCACGACAGGAUAUCGGAGAUACAUCUAGUUCUUCGUCUGUCUGUCAAACAGGAAUUACUGCAUCUGCCAAACGAGAUACAUCAGCUGACGUAUUGGACGAUCAUAUUGAAGGUGUUUCGAUGGAAAGUGACCAUGCCAACAUUAGACUCGAGCUAAACAAAAGUUUACUCAGGAUAUUUCAAAGUCAAAGACAACGCUUCACUUCGUGAGACCGGUUGAUGUAUCAUUUUGCUCUGGGUUUGUUUUGAUGAUUUUGUGAUUGUCAUAUUUUGUCUUCUUUGGGGGAAAUCAUACUUUGAGUAAUUUAGCUUUGCAGGUACUUUGAUGUAAAUUGUAUUAACUGAUUUCCCCCAGAAUCUUCUGUUGAAGAUUUCUUUCUUCAUUUGGUAUUGUAAUAAAUGACAAAAUUUCCAAUCUCAA